AAUAAAUUGAACAAAAUAUUAUACUGGCAUUUCAAGAAAUGCGCUCCGCCGAUUGUGACGUUCUUCUCACCAAGGUUAAAGGGUAUGAUUAUGUCUUAUUGGAUUCUGCGGCGUUUGAGAAGUUCGGCUCUGCUAUUUUGUGUUCCGGUGCUAACAAUGUGUUGUCUAUAAAUGAAGUGGGCGAGGAAGUCUACAACAAAUCAUUUGUUUUUGUUGUUUCAUCCCCAUUUACAAAGUACAUGCUAGAUAAAAUCACGUUAGUCAUGUGUAAUGGUGGUAAACCUAAAGGAUGCUUAGUACUAUCCACCGUCGAGGCAAUUGGCAAUUGUGGACUUUUCAAUCUGUCUGAGGCUGAAGAAUAUCCGCUGCAUGAAGUAGAGUUUUUGUCUCAAGAAGAAAAGCACGUUUCGUUUACAGUCGAGUUUGUUCCUAGUUCCUUGCGCGCUAUCUUAAUUAAUUUACAUGUCCUCCCUGCUUCACAUGCUCUUCUUCCAGGUCUAAAAGACUUUCGGGCCACCUUCUACGACAUUAAUAGUCUCCUGUGGUCACUUAAGGCUGUGGAAGAAGUUUAUUCGUUUGGUCAAAAUAGUGGUAAAAUAGCUUCACAGUUUGCUGAUUUCCAUGCUGCGGUGAAUAGAAGAAGGAAUCUGUACAACGGUGCAGAUAAACGCUCGGCCUCAGUUAUUUUCAUUGAUGAAUUGGCUAUUUGUGAUCCUAUUGCAUGUUUAGAACCAUACACAAGACCAAAUCACUUGUUAGACUUAUUAUUUGCUGAAUUAUCCCCUGAUGGUCAUCGAGCUAAUGUCUCUUGGCAACAAAUGUCAAUAUGUCCACCUUUUGAGAAUAAAAGCAAUGGAACAAAAACGUCACCUGAACAGUUGUAUACUGAUUUAAUGCUGUCAAUGGAUUCAAACACAAAUCUCCUGUUGGAUGAACAUUUGAUGCUAAAAGAACAUGCAUCAUUAUCAAAAAUCCAACAGAAUUUAUUAUUUGUCGCUGAACUGAUAAAUCAUGAUUUACCUGAAUUAUCUGAACCACCGAGAACAAAACUUAAAUGGGCUGAUUUAUUACGUAGUCAAGUGAAAGAAUUAUUUGUACCGAUUUGCAAAUCAGGUCGUUUUGAGCUUCUUAAUCAUAUUCAAAUGGCACUGGCUGUGAUUAAUGCAUUCGACUCUGUUACAAGUCGUAAUCGAAGUCAUAAUAUUCACGACAGUGUUAUAGGCUUAGACAAAUUGCUUGUAAAAUACGAACGAUCCUUAUUGGUUGCUAGUCAUACAGAUGCAAAACUUAUUCAACAGCUUCAAAAGCCAACACACUUUGAACCAAUCCUUCUAAAUGCAUAUAAGGAAGCUAUGAAUUUACCAAAUCUGGAUGAAAUGUUCCUUUUUGUUACACAUACAAUAAAUUUAAUGCCCGUGCAUGCAUCCGUCUCAGAUUCAGUAUGGUCAGCUGUUCGAGAGAUGUUUACACUUGGUCGAACAAAAAGUAAUGAAAGUUCUGUGAAUCAACGAGUUCCAGGUGGUUUAAUUCCGAAAGGAUUGUCUGUAAAUAACCUUAUUGAAAAUAUUAAAUCAUUUCGUGAGAAACGAGCUCAGCUGCCUAGUUACAACAAUCUAGUAGGUACAUCACAAGCUCGUUAUCAGUCUCCUUUAUUACAAAUGAUGAAAGAUUUAGUAGCAGCUCGAGAAAAUCCUUCUGAAGCUAAUCCAGCGUUAAAUGGUCUUCUUCACAAACCGUCUUCAUCUUCAUCAGGCAACUGGUUAGGAGAGUUAAGUCGAUUCAUUCGAAUUCCAGGUGGUGGUGGAAGUGAUAAAUUCCCUCCAUAUAAGGCUGAUUACAUCAUUCUAGUUUUAAUGGGUAGUUUAUCAUUUUCAUUAUGCCGCGAUCUCUUUGAAAUUGUUACUUCUCAUUCAAUUAAUAAACUGAAUCAUAUGUUUAAGGUAAGUCAAAUUAUCGGUAUGUGUUGAUGUCACAAUACUCAGAUUUUUUGUUUAAUAGGGAUUUAAUUCAUCCUCGCUAACCAGUCACUUAGGUUCCACCAAGACAGGAGAAUUUCUCACUAUUGACGGUGAAUUACAGCCAUUCUAAAUCACUAAUUGGCAGUGAUUGAAUGGUAUUGAACUUUUAAUGAAACUUGGCGGUAUUGGUUUCUGCCUUUUGCGAUACAUAGUUUGACAUCACUGAAAGUUUAUCAGUCGAGAUGCAAUGCUUGUUAUGCAAUUUUUCGUUCGCUAGUUGUUGAUUAGUUCCUUAUGAAUUCUCCUCUGAUAAUAUUGUUUACAACGUUAAUGGAAAUCCUUUGACAUUUAAUAAUUCUCGGCUGGAAACGUUUAACCAGAGGUUAAACUGUGAUUUAUGUCUUCGAUUGACACAAGCACAACCUCAAUUUCAUUCUAGCCAUUAAUCAGUAGUGUAAUGGUAGAAUGUCCCACAGCUGCUUUGAGAGAUCCCGACUGACACACUCAAACUUAGCCCAGUUCAUUAGCCGAUAGUUAUACUGCAAAAUUGGAAACGAUGGGCAUGAGACUAGCAACCCUAUCCCAUAGAAACAGCAUCAUCAAGAGCACCACCGCUGAAAGUUCAAAGCUUGAAGUCCUAUAUUCCACCUGGAGGGCAAAGGAAAAAGGAAAGUGUAUUAUUUUAUCGAGCACCUUUAUAUUUUAGAUGUUUCCCCGGCUACUCACUGAAUUAUAGUUGCUUUUCACUCUAUCUGAAAUUAGAAGGAGAUUUAUUGUUAAGUCAAUGAUGACAUUAGUUUGACCAGCUAAUUAUUUCAAACUGUCGUAAGUUGUGACUAGUCGUCUGUGACUACUUAUAUAAAUUGGUAUUUCUUUUUCUUAAAAUGAAGCUCUGCUUAUUUUCUCAGUCGAACAGACAACAUCUGUCAAGAAAUUAAUUAGUUAACUUUCGGUUGAUUUAUUUAAGCUCCCGGCAGUUUUAGAGAGGGGAG